AUGAGGGAUCCAACAGAGUUACAACCUGUGCAUUCAUUGCCAUCUUUACGAUCCGGUACUAAAUCAAUAGCAAGCGAUGAGGCAUCUGAGCCUAAACAAUUACAUUCAGAUAGCAGGAUUAACUGUGGUGAUGUCGCUGAUCCUGAUAUACAGUAUAUUGGACCUAAUACAGAAAAGGUAGAGUCCUUGAGUCAGAAAAUUUCAAAGAUAAGCAGUCUCCGAGAUAAGUCCCUUGUUGUUCCCAGAUCAGAAAGAAGAGGAUUGCUUGCGAACCUAGCGAUAAUCCCGGAAUAUAAAGACUCUAGAGAGUAUCCACGACACUUGAAGUCAUUUAUCGUACUUAUCAUUGCAUAUGGAGCUGUCAUGGGUCCCAUGGGAACUUCUAUUAUUUUCCCUGCAAUUGGUCCUUUAGUAGCGGAUUUCGAUACAUCGACGAUAAUGGUCGAUGUCUCUGUUGGUAUCUAUUUAUUGAGCCUUGGUAUAUUUCCAAUAUGGUGGUCAUCUUUAUCCGAAAUAGAGGGCAGACGUACUGUAUAUGUACUUUCUUUUACUUUAUUGACCGCAUUCACUAUCGGUAGCGCAUUGUCCCCUAACAUCUCCGCAUUUAUUGUAUUCCGAAUGUUACAAGGCGCAUCAAGUGCAAGUGUUCAAAGUGUUGGUGCAGGAACUAUAUCAGACUUAUUUAUCCCAGAGGAAAGGGGUAAGAAUUUGGGUUACUAUUAUCUUGGGACCUUGAUGGCUCCUUUGCUAUCCCCAAUUAUUGGUGCUUUAUUGGUCAAUAGAUGGUCGUGGAGAUCUACACAGUGGUUUAUGGUCAUACUUGCGGUUGUUAACGUCCUAUUAUUUACCUUACUAUUGCCGGAGACUUUGAGAAGACAGGAUACGUCUGCAGCCAUAGCUAUUAUGUUAGCAGAGCGUAAACAGAAGCUUAAUACCAGUGAUAUUGAAAACAAUAAUGGAACAACAAUAGAUGCAGAAGCGGAGUUACCUGAUCAAAACCAAGUUGAUGAUGCUAGAUUCUUGGAGGAAGCAGCCUCCCAAUACGAGUCCCAGGAAGAAUUAAAGAAGAUUCGGUCUCAUACUAGUACGAUAUGUACCAAUAUACCGGAGAAUAACGAUGCUGUUUAUGAUACUCAUGUUCCACAGCUUUCUAAGAUACGAACACAUGAUACAAAAAUCGAAGAAAGAAUCCGUCAAAAUGACUUGUUGAGAGUCCAGACACAACUGCAAAAUGAAGUUGAAAAGAUUGAAUCGUCAAAGCACACCACUAGUGAUCGAUGGAAAGAGGAACUCUAUGUAUAUUUGGUAAAGCCAUUGAAAUCAUUACAUUUCUUGGCAUACCCACCAGUCACAUUGGCAAUCAUAUUUAGUGCUAUCUCAUUUGCCAUUCUUUAUGUGGUGAAUAUGACCAUCGAAUACUGUUACACGCGUCCUCCCUACAAUUUCAAACCACUUUACAUUGGGUUACUCUAUAUUCCGAACUCAGUGACGUAUAUUAUUGCAUCCAUCUAUGGUGGUAGGUGGGUCGAUAAUCUAUUGAAAAAGUAUAAGGAAAUGCAUGGAAUUAUAUCACCUGAGGCUCGUAUUGGUUGGAAUGUCGUUGUUGCUGUUGUAACUUUCCCAAUAGGAUUACUAGUCUUUGGAUGGUGUUUGGAUAAGAAAGAACACUGGGUGACACCCCUCGUAGGUACUGCAAUAUUUGGUUUUGCAUCUAUGAUGACUAUUGGUGCAACAGUUUCAUACUUGGUCGAUUCUUUGCCCGGAAGAGGUGCCACUGGAGUUGCACUCAACAACCUAAUCAGAAUGAUUCUCGCAGCUACCUCGGUUUUCAUAACGACGCCAAUGUUAAAGGGAAUGGGAGUUGGAUGGACUUUCACGAUGCUUGCUAUACUAGUUGUUGUAAGUAGCGGAGUCCUUGUUAUUUUGAAGUGGAAGGGUGACUACUUCCGUGACAAUUAUGACUUGCAAAAACUUUAUGAUAAGCUCGAAUGA